UCUUUGUUUCGCUAUAUUUUGUAUUUUCAGCAACAAUGGCCAUCCGACCAUUGGUCAAACCAGUCGUGGUCAAGAAAAGGACCAAGAAGUUUAUCCGUCACCAGUCUGACAGAUAUGGAAAGGUCAAGUCCAACUGGCGUAAGCCCAAGGGUAUUGACAACAGAGUGAGGAGGCGCUUCAAGGGCCAGUACAAGAUGCCCAACAUUGGUUAUGGAACGUGGAAGAAAUGCAAACACGUUUGCCCUGAUGGAUUCAAGAGAUUUCUGGUUCACAAUGUCAGGGAGUUGGAAGUUUUGCUCAUGCAGAACCGUACCUUUGCCGCUGAGAUUGCCCACAACGUGUCAAGCAAGAAGAGGAAAGACAUCGUGGAGCGUGCUCAGCAGCUGGCCAUUAAAGUGACGAAUCCAAAUGCCCGUCUCAGGUCCAAGGAGGACGAGUAAAUUAUGUGAAUGGUUGAAUAAAAGUAAAAAAAAAAAGAC